AUGCCCUUGCGUGAGCUGCGCCAAGCCAUGGCUCUCACCCAGCAGGAUCUAGCGGACCGCCUGCAGGUGAACCAGCCCGCGGUGGCGAAGCUCGAACAGCGGGCCGAUAUGUAUAUCUCCAGCCUGCGCUCCUAUAUCGAGUCGAUCGGCGGACAAUUGCGCAUCGUCGCGUCGUUCCCCGCCGGUGAUGUGGCCAUCACCAACUUCUCCAGCGUGGAGCAAAGCGAGCCUCCCACAUAA